GAACACGGCCAGCCCAAGCUCCGGCGAAAACAAGUUUUCGGGCUCAACCCGGACCGACUCGUAUAAGAAUUUACACGCAACGCCAGCGCCAGUCUUCCUGUUUAAGGACGAUAAAUAAAUUUCAGCGUAAGAAAGAAAAAGAAAACAAACAAACAGUUCAAUUGACUACUAAGUAUCCUUCCGAAGUCUACUCAACCACCCCAAUUGCUUACUCUUUUUCCAGCGAAGUAAAAGAAUGGAAGGGGGAGGGCGACCUCAGCCGCCGGACCCCCAGAUGGCGGAGGCAGCUCCGCCGCAGCAACCUGUCUACCAAAAUGCACUUCCUCUAAUGUUUCCCCGGAUGCAAAUUCCCGCCACUCCUAGCUAUGGCGGCAGGUUUACUCAGUAUAACAUUUUCGGCAACAUUUUCGAGGUCACUGCUAAAUAUAAACCCCCUAUUAUGCCCAUCGGUGAAGAUGCUUACGGCACCGUUUGUUCUGCGUUGAAUUCCGAGACAAAUGAAAGCGCCGCAAUAAAGAAGAUAGUGAAUGCGUUUGGCAACAAGGUUGAUGCAAAGAGAACUCUUCGUGAGAUCAAGCUGCUUCGCUACAUGGCCCAUGAGAACGUUGUUGCAAUCAGGGAUGUAAUUCCACCUCCCCAGAGGGAAUGCUUUAAUGAUGUUUAUAUUGUAUAUGAGCUGAUGGACACUGACCUGCAUCAGCUAAUCUGUUGUAACCAAAAGUUCAAUGAAGAGCAUUAUCAGUAUUUCAUCUAUCAAAUCUUACGUGGCCUGAAGUAUAUACACUCUGCAAAUGUUUUACAUAGGGACUUAAAACCUAGCAACCUUCUUGUGAAUGAAAACUGUGACUUGAAAAUAUGUGAUUUUGGACUGGCUCGUGUCAACACUGAAAGUGAUUUUAUGACAGAGUAUGUUAUUACUAGAUGGUACCGUCCUCCAGAAUUGUUGCUAUAUUCUUCGCAAUAUUCUGCAGCCAUUGAUAUGUGGUCAGUGGGUUGCAUUUUUAUGGAACUGUUUAUUCGGAAGCCAUUAUUUCCAGGAAGGGAUCAUUUGCAUCAGGUGCGAUUGCUGCUGGAGCUGCUUGGUACUCCAUCAGAGGCUGAAAUGGAAUAUUUGAAUGAAAAUGCUAAGAGAUACAUUCAACAACUUCCUAACUACCCCGGACAAUCUUUCUCUGAGAAGUUCCCAAAUGUCCAUCCUUUAGCUAUUGAUCUUGCGCAAAAGAUGUUAACAUUUGAUCCUAAACAAAGGAUUACUGUUGAGGAGGCCCUUGCUCACCCCUAUCUAACGACACUGCAUGACAUAAGCGAUGAGCCUGUUUGCAUGAUCCCCUUUACCUUUGACUUUGAGCAGCAUGCUUUAACCAUGGCGCAGAUGAAGGAGUUGGUAUAUGAAGAGGCACUUGCAUUCAACCCAGACUAUUCAUUGCAGUAAUGAGUUGUUUACUCGACAUGCCAUUUAUUAAUUGCGGCUUUGAUGGGCGUGGUGAAAAUUGGUGAUUGAUUUCUUCCUGUACAUACAUGUUCUUUCCAGAAGAGGAUAGGAAACGAAAACUUACUGUUGCAUUGGUGUUUGUAUAGGCCGUCUUGAUUUCACUCCUAAUCUCUUGGAUUGAUGUUCUUCUUUGUAACAUUCACUCAGUAUCAUGAGUUACAAUUUGUAAAUGGAAGAUGCUGAAGAUUUUGCUUUC